AACGGUAAGAUCGGAAGGAGCUAACUAAUUCUUUUUAAAUCACCUCUCCGGCUUGCCUGUGAUCGUGGAUUUUUCUUAUACGGCAAUUAUUUGAAUAUUAUUAGGGUUUUACAGGGUCUACCGUGGAAAUUUACGUCUGAUUUCGUCAAAUUCGUGCCGACUUGAGUGCCUUGCCGGAGCUGCCGGGGCUGGGAUCUUUAAAGCAGAGUGAAGAUAUUUAAGGAACGCGGGGUGAGAAGUCUAGACGCGCUUCUGACAGAGUAUUUUUUCCCAUAAGGUCUUUGUUUGCUAAAGAAGGGUUUCUUGGCGGAGAUCUGUCGGAAUCCGAGUUUUUGAGUGGAAUUUCAUAGCAGCAGGUGAAAAUGGUGAAAAUCUGCUGCCUUGGUGCUGGUUAUGUCGGGGGGCCAACAAUGGCUGUCAUUGCCUUAAAAUGCCCUGCCAUUGAAGUUGCUGUUGUAGACAUCUCAACAGCUCGAAUUGCUGCCUGGAACAGCGAUCAGCUCCCUAUCUACGAGCCUGGCCUUGAUGACGUUGUCAAAAGCUGCAGAGGAAGAAACCUGUUUUUCAGUACCGAUCUAGAAAAGCAUGUCAUGGAGGCUGACAUUAUCUUCGUCUCAGUCAACACACCAACAAAGACCCGAGGACUCGGGGCUGGUAAGGCUGCAGAUCUGACCUAUUGGGAGAGUGCUGCUCGGAUGAUUGCAGACGUUUCAAAGUCUGACAAAAUUGUUGUGGAAAAGUCUACUGUACCAGUGAAAACAGCAGAGGCAAUUGAAAAAAUUCUGAUGCAUAACAGCAAAGGAAUAAACUUCCAAAUUCUUUCAAACCCAGAGUUUCUAGCAGAAGGAACUGCAAUUGAAGAUCUUUUCAAGCCAGACCGUGUCCUCAUUGGAGGUAGGGAGACUCCUGAAGGGCAGAAAGCAGUUCAAGCUUUGAAAGCAGUUUAUGCAAACUGGGUUCCUGAAGAUAGGAUCAUUACAACCAAUUUAUGGUCUGCAGAAAUUUCAAAACUUGCUGCAAAUGCAUUCUUGGCUCAGAGAAUUUCAUCGGUGAAUGCAAUUUCAGCCCUGUGUGAAGCAACUGGUGCAGAUGUUACUGAAGUUGCUUAUGCUGUUGGCAAAGAUUCAAGGAUUGGUCCAAAGUUCUUGAAUGCUAGUGUUGGUUUUGGUGGCUCAUGUUUCCAGAAGGAUAUCUUGAACUUGGUUUACAUCUGUGAGUGCAAUGGACUUCCAGAGGUAGCAAACUACUGGAAACAGGUUAUUAAGAUUAAUGACUAUCAGAAAACAAGAUUUGUGAACCGUGUAGUUUCCUCAAUGUUCAAUACAGUUUCAGGAAAGAAGGUUGCCAUUCUUGGUUUUGCAUUCAAGAAGGAUACUGGUGAUACUCGGGAAACUCCUGCAAUUGAUGUAUGCAAGGGACUUCUUGGGGACAGAGCAAACAUUAGCAUUUAUGAUCCCCAAGUAACAGAGGAUCAGAUUCAGAGGGAUCUAUCCAUGAACAAAUUUGAUUGGGAUCAUCCUAUUCAUUUGCAACCAAUGAGUCCUUCAGCUAUCAAGCAAGUUACUGUCGUUUGGGAUGCAUAUGAAGCUACAAAGGAUGCUCAUGGAGUGUGCAUUUUAACAGAAUGGGAUGAGUUCAAAAGUUUGGACUAUCAGAAGAUCUAUGAUAAUAUGCAGAAACCCGCAUUCAUUUUUGAUGGGCGUAACAUUGUUGAUGUACAGAAACUGAGGGAUAUUGGUUUCAUUGUUUACUCUAUUGGUAAGCCUCUAGAUCCAUGGGUGAAAGACCUCCCUGCAAUAGCAUAGAAGAUUGAAAAUAUUUUUCUUUCUUCCGAGGCUGACAUGGAUUUGCAACUGGAUCAUGGAAGAACUCUCCGAAGGUGAUAGUUAUACUGGAUUCUAAGAGAUCGUGGGAAUGGAUUUUACUUUCACAUUAGGCGGAUGAUAUUCUAUAUCUUUUAUUAUUUUGGGAGAACCAAUUCUAUUUUAGAACAAAGAUGGGAUUGGUAGUUCCUUCAGCGCAUUUUGAUUUAGUAGUCUUGAAUAUUUUUAGAGGAUCCAAUCAGAGCAGGUUUAGGGAUUCAUCUUCUAGCUCAUUCACUUCAUCUUCUAGCUCAUUCAAAUAAUAUUGUUUCUUAUGGGUUGACAUAAGCCCAAAUGGAUUUUCCGUAUUUUUUAUGGUUUAAGCUCCUGACAUUUUUUUCUUGAAGUUUAAUACAUAAUUGCAUGUGCUCGUACACUGAAAUUUCAGCUUUA